AUGCCCAUUCGAAUCAGAAAUAGUUUGAACGCUACCGAUCGAGCUCGGUUUCAAGUAUAUGCCGCCACUUUCGAAAGUUAUAUCGUUAAUCAGCCUCGUCACCGUGUUCAAGUCGGUGAGAGGAAUCAUGAGAGAAUGGAAGUAGUCGAGUUCGAGGAUGCAGAGAUUACCACCGCCUUUCAUCCUUCAGUCAGUGUCGAGGAUUCUGACCCAAGACCACAUGUCACCGUACGUCUGACAAACAGCGCCCUGAGGCAAAGGAACGAAUGGUAUACCCUCCACUGGCGCCCCGAAGGGCAAGGCCCUACCCUGAUUCUCCCGCGACGAAAUAAUGCAGCGUCCCUUGCGAACAAAAGACAAAGGAAGAAGGAUAAGGAUCAGAGAAGAAAAGAAAGAAGGAGGGACGACAAGAAAGACAAAGAUAAGAGAGGUGAGGGUGGCAGCGCUGCCACAACUGGCUUCUCCGGCAUGCACUCAUAG